GCUCCUGUCGCCCCACGACCUGCUGCGCUCCCGCAAGGGGCAGCUCCUGCUCGCCGAGUCGUCUUCUCUGAAGGGAGCUUCAUAGCUGAAACUGGAGCUGCUUUGUGUAAAGCCUCCUUUGAAGAUGCGCAAGCCCGGUGCCCUCUACCAGGUGCUGUCGUUUAUCAUCUUUAUCUGCUACAUUGCAUCCUCAGCUGCCUCAUUUAUGAUGGCACCGCUUUUAGAAUUUCUGCUGGCGCUGUUCCUUUUUUUUGCCUACGCCUCUAAGCUUAAUGAGAAGUUUAAAGGACUCUACUGGCCUUUGUCGGAUUUCUUGCGGUGUGUCACUGCUGCUAUUAUUUACUUUGCCAUCUCAAUUGCAGCCGUCUCAAAAUAUUCUGAUGGAGCAUCUAAAGCAGCAGGAGUGUUUGGAUUUAUUGCCACAAUAGUGUAUGCCAUUGAUUUCUACGUAACCUUCAACGACCUGGUUACAUUUCUCAAACAAGGCACUUCCAGUCCCCCUGAAGGGCGCAAGUCAGAUGUUUCAGAUGAAGACUCUGAUUCCAAUUCUGACUGAAGAGCAAGACAGCAAUGAACUGUGAAGGGAAGAUGACCAAGCUCUUUCCUCUUUACUGAACAUGCUGCCAAUGGAGAUACUUCCCUGUUUACUUUUGGUAUCCUAUUUUCACCUCAUGGCUUAUGGAACCACCACAGCAUAGGGCAGUGGUGUGGCAGACUAUUCAAUAACAUUGAACACUCCUUCAGAACUAAUAAUUUUAAAGUAGUUCAAUCUGUAACACAGGUCUGUUUUCAAACAAACAUCCCAGUUCUCCCUUUCUCUUCUUUACUCAGCUCUACAAUACAGUGAGCAAACAGGAACAGAGCAUUUUCAAUUUAUAGCAGAGCUUUUAAUAUGCUUUCUUAAUUCCAAAUCUUUAACACUUGAAAACUUUUAUACUUCUUGCUGUGCCAAAGCUGAGAGGCAGAGAAUGCCUCUACUUUAUAUUUUUCAAGAUUAUCUAACAAAUAGCAUUUCUUAAAAUUCUAAAUAUUCCAUUAUCUCAAGCAUUGCAGGCACGGAUUAUAGCUGAUGUGCCGGUUUCAAUGCAUUCACAUCCACCACCUGGAUGCGAUAAAAAAAAAUGACAACUGGAAAUCUGCACCAGGAUCAAUCUCAAAGGAUAACUGUGCCAGGUUAGCUGCUUCAUGGGACAUUUAAUUCCGCUUUUUUAAGCUGCUCAGAUGGGAUCACAUCUCACCCUUGCAGCUCACCAGAGGCACCAGGCAGGGCAGGAGUGGCUGCACCAACCCCCCUUGGCGGGAAGCCCUUGGACGUGGCUGUGCGAGGCCCUCGCUCGCCAAGCGCCUCCCUGGGAUGCUGCCCGCCGGCCAAGCCAAGGGCUGUGGCGCGAGGAGCCCGCCUGGCUUUGAGCUCAAGCUCGAGCUCAGUGGCCCUGGCCCUGCAGCGGGGAGCAGGGCUGCACGUGGGCCACUCACCCAAGAGGACCCAGAGUGGCGCAAAACAGAUGAUGGCUUCUGUAAAACUCAGGACACCCAGGCCCUGGGAGGGCAAUACUCCCUUCCCCGGGUGAAGAUGCAAAAACCAACCUCCAACCUAAAGAAUGUCUCUGCAGUGAAAUUCAUUUUCCCAGUCCCCUGGUUUUUU